AUGACACCCACAGUGAAUCGAGUGUACGUCGUCACAGGUGCGAACAGAGGCCUUGGUCUUGGACUGACCAAGAAGUUGCUGGAACGACGAGCAACUACUGUGAUAGCCUCAGUGCGCAACCUGGAAGCUGCCACAAGCCUCAAAUCAGAGAUUGAAGGUGUCGCGAAGGGUGAAAACAGCGCUCUUCACAUAAUCCAACUGGACUUUUCAUCUGCCCUUUCUCCAGAAAAUAUUCGUCAUACCCUCGCUGCCACAACCAGCACCAUCACCCACAUUGAUGUCCUCAUCUGCAAUGCCGGAUUUGCCAGCCCCAUGACUCCGGCCCUUUCAACCUCGGCAGAGGAGCUGCGCAUAUCCUUCGAAGUGAACACAAUCGCCCCGCUUCUAGUCUUCCAGGCUUUCUGGCCUCUUCUACAGAAGUCAGGUUCCUCCCCUAAGCUCGCGGUCAUUUCUUCCUCAGUCGGUUCGAUUGGUGAACAAGAACCGUUGCCAGGUGGUGGCUACGGUCCCAGUAAAGCGGCAUCGAAUUGGCUUACCAAGGCUCUUCACGCGCAGAAUGAAGCCGAGGGACUGAUUGCCUUUGCUUUACAUCCUGGAUGGGUACAGACGCGCGCUGGCGAUUUCGCUGCCAAAGAGUGGGGUUAUUCUGGUGCUCCGCCCGUGACUGUUGAAGACAGCGUGAAGGGGAUGCUGAGUGUUAUCGAUGGCGCUACGCGAGACAAUGCGUCGGGAAAUUUCAUCACGCAAACUGGCGAGUUACUCUCUUGGUAG